AUAUGGCGUAAUUUAUUUAACGCACUUGUCAUUUUAUUGUGAUGCGAUGGUAAUGUUUGCACUUUGUGCGAAAAGUAUUUACAAUUAGUCUCUUGGAGAAUGGCUGAUACUGGUCUACGUAUGAAUUUUGCCGCAUUAAAGAGGGCAGACCGAUAUGCUAGAGAAAUCAUUGACAGUGCAACACACGUCGCACUAUAUACUUUCGAAGAAAAUGAAUGGGAAAAAACCAACAUUGAAGGUGCUUUGUUUGUGUAUAGCAGAAAUGCAGAGCCAUUUCACAGUUUAGUUAUUAUGAACAGGUUAAACACAAAUAAUUUAAUUGAACCAGUUUCUAAAGGUAUCGAGUUACAACUAAAAGAACCAUUCUUGCUGUAUAGAAACGCUAAGUGUAGAAUUUAUGGCAUAUGGUUUUAUGAUAAAGAUGAAUGUGUAAGAGUUGCUACUAAAUUAAAUUCUUUAGUUAAGGAGCCUGCGAAAAGCCCAAACGAUGCUCCGUCAAGUACGGCCUACAAUGCAUCUAAAUCUGCCCCAGCGCCUGUUGAUAUAUUUAGUAUGUUGAGUAAAGCCCAAGAUGAUUUCAAUACCAAUAAAGUACUUACAGCCAACAAAAAUGAUUCAACACCAUCUCGGGCACCUGAUAUGGCUUCCCAGAGUGUAAUGGACUUUUUUGCAAAAGCUGGGAGUGGGGCUGCAGCUCAAAUGCCUCCAGUAUCUUCACUACCAUCUCCUGGUAUAUUUGGCCCCCAUCCCAACGAUUCGCGUGAAGCACCUUUGCUUCUACAGAGACUCAUGAGUAAUCCAGCACACUCAGUGGAACAUAUAGAGAAGCAACAACGGUCUGUUACUCCACAGGAUAAUCAUUCUACAAAUGGUAAUAUAUCAACUGAUCCAGUGAUAAGGCAGAACAGUGCAUUCCAGCUAAAAUCUACUCCUGUUGAUAAACAAAAUUCUCAAAUGAUUUCUAAUUUGAAAAAUGUUCAACAACUUGAAAGACUUGAUUUAAAUGGUCCUAAUCCACUAGAAAAUGAUCUAAAUUUAAUGAAUAUAUCAUCACCUAAGCGGACAUCACCUUUAGCCACUUAUUUGAAUCAAAUUCAAGAUGGACAUCCAAGUUCUUUUAAUGGUGGGAUUCUUGAAGACAUGGGUAUGGUAUUGAAUUCAUAUCCUAAUCAGCCAAAGCCAGCACUGAUGCCUCCAACCAUGUUUACAGCGACAGCUGGCAGUGAUGUCCAGUCCACUCCAGAGCCAUUGACUAGAAAUCAACUUCUACAAGCUUUCAAUUAUUUACUAAAACAUGAUGCUGAUUUUGUAAAUAAGUUACAUGAAGCAUAUGUAAAAUCUUUUUCAGAAAAGUCAUUUUCAGUUUCAUAAAAUUAUUGUUCAGUGAUAACACAACUCUGGUGCAUAAAUGUACAGCUAUAAUAUGAAGAUGAAAUCCUCGAAAAUGUGUAGAACAUCUAGUUUGUUAGCAACUUGUUUGAAAUUAAUAUUUUAUAAUAAGUUUUAACCUUUGACUGUGUAUUUAAAUCUGUACAGAGAAUUAUUUUUGCGGCUCUACAAGUUUUGAUUUGGACAAGUCACUAGAUGAUAUCAGAAACUCUUGUGAUACUAAUUGGCUUUAUGGAGUUGAUACAGAUGUUAAAACAAAGGCAUAGAGUUGAUUUGCUUCACAAGAAUAAUACUUAUUAUACCAAUUGAAUUAACAUCUUUAUCAGAUUCCCUCUAAAUAUGUGAUAUGUAUAUCAUAAUAAUUUUUGUCAUUUAGUUGAAACACUCUUUGUUGCAAUAUAAUCCAAGUUCAGUAAAUGUGACAUUGUAAAAGUAUAUAGUCUGUUGCAAAUUGCAAUUGAUUUUGGGAGUUAAGGAUGUCUUUUUGAUGUAAUGUGUUUAAGGAUUAUUUUCUUUUUUACUCUUCUUUGUUUUUCACUAAACAUAUUGUUAGUACUCUUCUGUUGCAGUACAUUUGACACCAAUAAGGCUAUUAUAACUGUUAGAUAUUAAAUUACCAAAAGCUGCCAUUAACCUUUUUGUUGGUUUGCUUUUUGUUCUGAUUUAGAAGACACUGUAGACAUACAACAAAACCUUUAUAUGAGUAGUUAUUGUAUUGUUUAUAAUUUUUUUUGGUUCAAAGUUCAGUUAGUAAGUUUUGGAUUUGUCAUAAGAAAUGUUUCCCUAUUUGAAACCAAUGUCAAUAGCGUGUAUAACAUCUUUCAGGUAACAUUCCCAUUUGCUUACAAAAUUUUCCUAUUCAUAUAAUACAGAAAUCACCACAAAAGCAAUAAUAUUUCCUUUAUUUGCUUAAAAUUGUCUAAUAUCAAUUAUUUCAAAAUAUGAUCGAAGAAAAUCAAUUAAAAUAUUUACAUUGUCUUUAAAAACAUUAACAUAAGUCUUCAAAAUUUUGUCAUUCUUUGCUAUUUUAAAUGCCUAAUUGAAUAUUCCAGUGAAACUUUUUUUUUGUUUAUAAGGGAUGUUUAUCAAAAAUCUAACUGACUGUUACUCAAAAAACAUUUGCAAACAUCAAAUUAAAUGGUUUAGAAGCA